AUGGUCGUGAGUUUGGUGGUUGUUGGCGUCAGUCUCGUUUCUAUCCACGUACGGAGUCCGGAUCUGAAACCUUGUAACGACUCGCACGUCAACGUUAAUGCAUCGGAUUCCUCCAGCCGAAUUGCAUACAACUACACAUCUCAUUACAACUCACCAAGUUCUCAACAAUGUCAGGUUAUCCAGGUCAAGGCUAUGGUGGGGGCUAUCAACAGCAAACAACAACAACAACAAGGCUACGGCUACGGCUACGGCUCCCAGCAGCCUCAACAUGAUCGUGGCCAGCAAUACGGACAUGCUCCACCGCCACCACCACAGGGGAUGGUGAGUUUCGGUCACGGAGCUCCGCAAGAAUACGCCUUCCAGUACUCGAACUGCGCCGGUCGCAGGAAAGCACUCUUGAUCGGCAUCAACUACUUCGGCCAGAACGGCGAGCUCCGGGGGUGCAUCAACGACGUGCGCAAUGUGUCUUCUUACUUGACUCAGAGCUUCGGCUAUCGGAGGGAGGACAUGGUGAUCCUCACGGAUGACUCCCAGGAGCCCAUGGGCCAGCCGACCAAGGAGAACAUCCUCCGCGCCAUGAACUGGCUCGUGCAGGGCAGCCAGCCCAACGAUUCUCUCUUCUUCCAUUACUCGGGGCACGGCGGCCAGACCGAGGAUACCAACGGCGACGAGGAGGACGGGAGCGACGAGGUCAUCUACCCCGUCGAUUACCAACGCCAUGGCCAUAUCGUCGACGACGAGAUGCACGCGAUCAUGGUGACGCCGCUCCAGGCGGGUGUUCGACUGACUGCCAUCUUCGACUCGUGCCACUCCGGUUCCGCCCUCGACUUGCCCUAUCUCUAUUCCACCCAGGGCGUCCUGAAGGAGCCCAACCUUGCCAAGGAGGCGGGCAUGGGGCUCCUCGGCGUCGUGUCCGCCGCCAGCGCGGGGAACUACGUCGCGGUUGCCGGCCACCUCAUCGGCUUCCUCAAGAAGGCGUCCAAGACCGACGGGGCCUACAAGAAGACUAUCACGACCAAGACCUCUCCCGCCGAUGUCAUCAUGUGGUCUGGCAGCAAGGACGACCAGACUUCCGCCGACGCCACCAUCGCCUCGCAGGCCACCGGCGCCAUGUCCUGGGCCUUCAUCACCGCCAUGAAGGCCAACCCCCAGCAAAGCUACGUGCAGCUCCUGAACAGCAUCCGCGACGUGCUGGCCACCAAGUACAGCCAGAAGCCGCAGCUGAGCUGCAGCCACCCCCUCGAUACCAACCUCCUCUUCAUCAUGUGA